GCGUCUCUUCCGGCCGCACAGCUGACGGGCUCGCGCUGCCCGCACCAUGUCCGCGCCCCGCUGUCCGCCCAGCCCGCCCGCAGAGACACAGAGGCUGCUGACCCCUGUGAAUAGCUAUGGGUCUCAAGACGGGGGGGCCGGGCCAGGUGUGGGCGCCGCCUCUCUUCUGCCUGAGGAGGAAGACUUGCGCAGGCGCCUCAAGUACUUCUUCAUGAGCCCGUGUGACAAGUUCCGCGCCAAGGGCCGCAAACCCUUCAAGCUGGUGCUGCAGAUGAUCAAGAUCAUCAUCGUCACCAUCCAGCUCAUCCUUUUUGGGCUCAGCAAUCAGAUGGUGGUGACGUUCAAGGAGGAGAACACCAUUGCUUUCAAACACCUGUUUCUGAAGGACUAUGUGGAUGGGUCGGAGGACACAUAUGCUGUCUAUACACAGAGGGACCUCUACGAUCACAUGUUCUAUGCCGUGGAGAAGUACCUGGCCAUUCCUAACGAGACAAUCGGGCGCUACGCCUACGUGCAUGGGGAGUGCAGCGGGAACCAGUCGGCCCUCAUGCUGUGCCAGCAGUACUAUCGCAAAGGGGAGAUCGACCCUGCCAAUGACACUUUCAACAUCGACCCCAAGAUCAUCACAGACUGCCUGGGCGUGGACCCCAUGGAGAGGAUGCCCUGGCCCCUGCAGCCUGUGGAGACACUCUCCCUGCAGCCCCACCCCAGCUACCGGAACUUCACGCUCAAGUUUCACAAGCUCAUUAACGUCACCAUCCAGUUCAAACUGAAGGCCAUCAACAUCCAGACGAUCAUUAACAACGAGAUUCCGGACUGCUACACCUUCACCAUCACUAUCACGUUUGACAACAAGGCUCACAGUGGCCGGGUGAAGAUCAGCCUGGACAACAGAGCUGACAUCAAAGAGUGCAAGGACCCCAGCGUCUAUGGCCGAGGAGACAACACCUUCCGCAUGUUCUUUGACGUGGCUGUGAUCCUUGUUUGUGUGCUGUCCUUCAUCCUGUGUGCCCGCUCCAUCAUCCGGGGCUUGAUGCUGCAGCAUGAGUUGGGCCAUUUCUUUCAGAGACGCUACAACCAGGACGUCUGCCUGUCAGACCGCAUGGAGUUUGUGAAUGGCUGGUACAUCCUGCUGGUGGUGAGUGAUGUCCUGACAGUGUCCGGGACCAUCAUGAAGAUCGGAAUUGAAUCAAAGAACUUUGCCAGCUACGACGUGUGCAGCAUCCUUCUGGGCACCUCCACGCUCCUGGUCUGGGUCGGGGUCAUCCGCUACCUCAGCUUCUUCCAGAAGUACAAUAUUCUCAUAGUGACCAUGAGGGUCGCCCUCCCCAACGUGAUCCGCUUCUGCUGCUGUGUUGCUGUCAUUUACCUGGGCUACUGCUUCUGCGGGUGGAUCGUACUGGGCCCGUACCAUGUCAAGUUCCGCUCCCUCUCCAUGGUGUCCGAAUGCCUCUUCUCCCUCAUCAACGGGGAUGAUAUGUUCGUGACCUUCGCUGAGAUGCAACAGAACAGCUACCUGGUGUGGCUUUUCAGCCAGCUCUACCUCUACACCUUCAUCAGUCUCUUCAUCUACAUGGUGCUCAGCCUCUUCAUUGCACUCAUCACCGGCUCUUAUGAGACCAUCAAGCACCAGUGUGAGGGUGAUGUGCCCAUCACACAGCUCCACAUGUAUAUUGCCGAAUGCAAAGACAGCCCAAGGUCUGGCAAGUUCCGCCGUGAGAGCAGCUCCUCCUGCUCGGUCUUCUGCUGCUGCGAGCGGGCUCCACUGCAGGACAACACACUGGUGGUGAAUUGACAACGCAGCUGGGGGAGAGCCUGACCUGUGUACCUGUGCGGGAGAGCGCUCUCUGCUGUACUGCUGGGGAACUGAGCCUUGUACAUGGAACUGCCUGGAGGGGAUUGGUCAUGGGGACAAUCCCAGCCCUGCGACCGACCGCACCUCAUGGCAGCUGCCUCCCUGGCUGGACUUCAAGGACUGUUAGCAGGAGUGGGGCUGUGUGCCCCCCCCAAGCAGAGACAUGGGUGAGCUCUAUCCACCAAGAUGAACCCUGGAUCUGCUGAGUCAACCCUUAACCUGUAGCACCAGCUGGGCUCUGCUCAGUGUGUACUGGCCACAUGGGCUGGAACCUUGGGCCACAGCUUUUAUGUAGCACCUUCCUUUUUUUACCUUCUGGCUUUUACCAGGCUGUGUGAUCCGGAGGGGGGAGGAAAAGGACUGAGGACCCCCCUUUGUCACUGGCGUGGCUCUUCACAUGAAGCCAUGCGAAAAUGGAACUUGAAUGAGAUGAGCACUGCAGUGAUGCCAGCACUCUUGUCCCAGGGCAGUGUCACCCCUCAGCAGAACCCUCCCCUGUCCCUUGCAGCCUGGGGCCCAGCAGAGACUGUUGAGUUUAUGUAGCGGAAGGAGUUCCCCUGAUGGAGCCCUUCCUCCCUUAGGCAGGGGAAGCCCAGCUUUGCAGGGGGCUAGGAGAGUUUGGGAAAGAUACUGCUCUCCAGACCCCCCUCUCCUCCCAGCUGGGAACUGGUGCCAUCCCAGGGGCUGUGUUCUGGGUACUCUGUCAUUCUGCAUCUUGCUUUUUCCAGUCUCCGCUCUCUUCUGACUGCUGGCCUGUCUGCUGCAGAGACGCCCCACUGAGGGCAUCACUGAGUUGCACUGUGCUGGGUGCUGUCUGCAGCCUGAACACUUGAUAGGCUGGGUUUAGUUUUGAAGGUGUUUUUUAAAAUGUUUUCAAGCUGCCUCUCCCUCCCCCCGCCCCCCACAUGCCAUGCCUGGGGGGAGGGUGGGGAGGGCUGGGCCCUUUCUGCUGCUGUUUAAAAAAGCCUUUGGGGCUUUUAUUUUUUAUCUACCUUUAGAAACCGUCCGCUCUCCCCUGUUCCUACUGGAGGUCUCCUUGGAGGAGCAGAGAGUUGGGAGGGGGGUAUGGCUUCUGCCUGCCGAUGAGGGAGGGCAUGCUGGGGCCUUGCACAGACCUCUUCCACCUUGAGUGGCUGGCAAAGCCUUGGGUUCUGCACCAAUCCCUUCCUUUCCAAAGGGCUGUGGCUGUUGCGCUCUGAUGUCACAAUUCUGCUAGACCCCAAGCCCUUCAGAAUCCUCCAGCGCAGAGAAGAGGGGAGCCCUGGUUUCUGAUGGAAAUACCUGUGAGAAAGGACAGAUUCUUUCUGUGCCAGUAGCGGCAUAGCCCCAGGGCCCUUUUCCAGUCACCUUGCAGUUUUAAUACUUUUUAAAUCGUGUUUUUAGGACUCACUGCAGUGAAGACGCCAGCCUCUCCUGUGCGUUGUUUGCAGCCGGGCAGUAGUGUGUGCGCUGAGAAUGGCUGCUGGCUAAGCCUCUGUGGGGUCAGAUCUUUCUCCCUGGGCCUUAGAGGGGUGUGGCCAGCCUCCACACCCAGAGAAUAACUCUGAAUCCUCCAGGUCCAGGGCCUGCUCUUUGUUCUAAAUCCCUCUCACAUUGCCAAGGUCUCUAACAUCCCCACGAGCGGCAGCAGAACCUGCCUCCCCUGCCCACAGCCUCUCCACUCUGUUUGGCUUGUGCUGUUACUAGCGAGCACCUGGGCCAGGCAGUGCAACUGCCCUUCCCCAGAGGGCUGGCAAACAAAGGAAAGUGGAUCUUCCCUUCCUCACCCACUCUCUGGGGGUCCAGCCAGCUCCAGUGUGAAGACGCCUAACAGCUUCAGGUAUAAAACAUGCAGAUGGAAAGGCGCAAUAUGAAGGGGAUGGCAGUGGUGGUGAUGUGUGGUGCACACAUAGUUACAUGCUGCAGUGAAAAGUGGGCCGUGUCCACACUGGGCGUAGCUACACGUGAGUGAAAGGCUAUGAUGGGGGAGGCCGAGCCUUUCCCUGCAACUGGGCAACAGCAGCAGGACACUACUGUGCUAAAAACAGCAGUGUAGACAGGGAGGCAUAGCUUGGGUGAGUAGAGCUGUGUGGGAUAUCUACCUGAGCACAUACCUACCCCCUUCAGGUGUGUCUUUACCCACCUAAGCCAUGCCUCACGGUCUACACAGUUUAUAGCCAUGUGAAGGGGGCUACAUGCUGCUGAGAGAUUGGGGCAAUGUAGACAUACCUUUAAUGGUUUUAAGCAGCCUCCGUUCCUUUAAGGCCUUGUAGCUAAAAGCACAGUGGGGGGGGAGAUUGUGCCUCUGGUACCCAGCGAGAGCCCCCAUAAUCUAUAGCUGGGCACAGGGACCAGAUCUCCUUAGGUCUCAGUGCCUCCCAUCUCCGCUGCAGCCUUGGUUAGCUUGAGCUCCAGGCCCUGGCUGCCUGUUAUCUGUGUCAGAAAGUCAGGCCUGCCACCUGCCUUGUGCACUGGGCUCUCACUGACCCACUGUGCGGAGAGUGAGCUAUGGGCCAGCCCUCCUCUCCCAGCACCAAAUGGAGCUUGUGUCCUAUGCAGACUGGGAAGGCCCCCAGGGCUGGGCGUGCUGGAGUCCCUGUGAAACGGGAGGGGUGGGAGGGUUGGACAAAUUGGCAGCAGCCGGGCUUGGGACAGACUUAGUCGCGUCCUGCCUGCACCUCCUGUGAAAUCACAAGCACAUCCACCACACUGAAUUCACGUACAGCCUGGAAUUCUGCAGGAAAGCGUUUCCAGCAGGGUCAGGGCUGUGGUUUGGCGGCAGCACAAGGAGCAUUUAAAUCUUCCUCUGGCGGAGCCCCCCACUUAAGAAGCUGGCACCUCGGUCUUUGGAGGGUGUACACUUUAUGGUGGUGGGGUGAGUGUAGCCCGCUUUGGAGCUGGCCUGCAGCCCCUCUCCCUGGUCAGGACUGCUUGUGCUGGUGAUGUCAGUAGUACCUGCUCACCUGUUGAGGGAGAUCCAGGUUCAAGCAGGUCCUUGGGCUGCUGAAUGUCCGAUAUGAAUCCCCAUGAAGAUGAGUGUGGCUGGGAGCCAGCCCUGGUGUUGGUAGUUCAGAUUGCGACUGUGAAUGGAUUGUGCUUCAAUCAGACUGUUGCCCAAACCCUGGUCAGCUCAUGCUGCAGCAGGCAGUUGGGUUCCUAGAGGCCUCCCUGCCUGAUAGCUUCUCCCAGCAGUGCCAUUUGUGCAGCAUCUCAAGUGGGUUCCCCUCCCCACUUGCUUAGGGUGUGGCGCUCUUCCUAUUGACUUGCAGGAGGCCGAGUGGCUUGUACAUGUUUUGUUCGGCUUGGAGCAUUGCCCCCUGUGCUCCACUCCUGAUGUCCCAGGGUUGCAGCGGCUCUGGCCGCACUCGGUGAAAACCCUGCACUCUGGACCACGGGCGCUAGACCCAGGCUGCAUAGAAGGAAAGGUAAGAGGGGUCUCAGGGCUGAGGCUCCUUUCCCAUGUGUGCGCACUGACCAUUGCUGCUCUGGUGGGAGAAGAGUUAAGCUGACAGGAGAACGUUUGAACAGUUCCACUGGCCCUUCCACUAUAGUGUCUCUUCCCCCUGCUGAAGGGCCUGGUGCACAGCUGGCCUAGGCCCUAGCCACUGCUACCUAUAAUCUGCCUCCUCUGUGGCUGGCGGAGGCCUGUGCUGCUGGAGCUGGCCGAAGGGGCUGUUUACACUGCUCUGGAUGUGUUGUCUCGUGGGCUGUUGGACAGGCUGGGUCAAGGGCAUGUUUUGUAACAACACAAGCAGCUGUUCCCCUCUGGAAGCUGGCACGGCAACAGCUCGGCAUUAUUAGUGUCCCCUCUCCCUCUUGGAAAGCUCCACUGAAUACCUGCCUCCUGCAGCCUGUGCUGUCUCUCUGCUGCCUGCAUGGGCCCCUGCUGUUGGGGAGGAAGGGGGCCCUGUCUCUAACAAGCCCCUUGCAUUCAGCCCUCUCAGUAGCUCCACAUUGCUGUCUUUCCCCCUCAGUGUAAUGGGCUCAUGUGUCAAACCCCUUCACCCCACUCUGUGAUCCUAGCAUGUGGCCCUGCUAAUAGGGCCAGAAACCGAGCCUGGGUCUGUGUUCGUCUGUACAGGAUGCACCCUGCUCUAGGGCCAGGACUGCUGUGCUGGGGACAAAUUCUUGCCAAGCGUGUCUCCCCUACACCCCCCAAGCACAGGGGCUGUCCCUCUGUCUGCAUUGCUGCUGGGGUGAUGAGCUUAUUACAAGCAUCUUUGCACUGAUGAGUUGGUGCUGGGGGAAGACAGUGAUGAGGCAUCUUUCAGUGCUCCAGCUACAGAAAAUGAUCCUGGCUGCUGCCUGCCUCUGUCUGUUCAUGCAGCCCUUUCCUCCAGGGGCUGGCAGUGCUGCUGCUGUGUGACUUUAGUGUGAGCCUUGCAAUAUUUGGUGUGAUUUCCCCCCCCCCCCCCCCCCCCUUAAACUCAUAGCAUCAUGUGCUGUCAGGGGAAUCUCAGCUUUUGUUUUAAAGAGAGUUUCUAGCCUUCCUGGUUGUGGAGAAAAAGCCUAAAGGUUCAGAGACCGGCAUGUUUUGUGAAAAACCCUAAGUCAGAACCCUCUUGAUGUGGGGGGACAGACUAUUGACUUUUGAAGAGGUGUCUGUGUGUGGGUGAGGAAGGAGGCCACACUGGGUUGGGACUGGACCUUUUCAUUAGUACAUCACUACAAACUAUAUGAAGCUCUAUCAUGCACCUAUGUCUUGGAGUGUCACCUACCACUGACCUUUCACCUGCUUUCCUGGUGAUGUUGUGUGUGCCACAGGCAUGCACAGUCUCUGGGCAGGCACGCUAUGGGGGCUGUAGAGCUGCCAGCACACUACACCCUAGAGCCAUAUGGGGCUGUUUGGCUGCUAUUGUAAUGCUGGUACUACUACACAAACUGCCCAGUGGCUGAAGCCUUCAGGUGUGCAAGAUUGCACGUGCCCAUGGACCUCUCUCACUUUUGGCACGAUACUUGUUUGGAUUGGGCUGUGAAAGCUAAAGCAGCCCUUGUACUUCUGUUCGUGGCGGUGGGCAGCACGAAGACUGUGGGAUUGGUGUAAAUAGUGUGGCAGGAUAGUCACUGGCAAUUGAUAAAUAAAGGCAAUCUUGGAGAA